CACCACCAACACUCGACCUUAUCGCCGCAACUGGACCCUACCUCUGCUCAAUAACUCACCUUCAUUCGCUCCACGACCUCCUUUUGCAUCCAUUCCAUCGACCCUUCCUGGCCCACGCUUAUACCACUCACGUCGACCUCACACCGCACCUGGUAGAAACGCAUCAACCUUUCUUGCUGCUGCUUCUGUUGCAUCUUUCCACACCAUCACAUCAGCAAACACCAGCAUCGCCACUACCUCUCAAACAUCUCACAUGGCACCAGUAGCUACCAACGGUCACUCGACCACUUCCGACGAGGGGCACUACAAAGUGGUCAUCAUCGGCUCAGGUCCAGCUGGUCACACUGCCGCAAUCUACCUUGCCCGAGCCGAGCUCAAGCCCGUCCUCUUUGAAGGUUUCCUCGCCAAUGGCAUCGCAGCAGGUGGUCAACUGACCACCACUACCGACGUGGAAAACUUUCCCGGCUUCCCCGAGGGUAUCGGUGGUAGUGAGAUGAUGGACAAGUUCCGUGCGCAAUCGGAACGUUUCGGUACACAGAUUCACACCGAGACCAUCUCCAAGGUGGAUCUAUCGCAGAGGCCAUUCAAGUUCUGGAGGGAAGGAAAGGAGAAUGACGCGCCGGAGCUGGCAGAGACGAUCAUCAUUGCCACUGGCGCUUCAGCCAAGCGGAUGCAUCUGCCUGGAGAGGACCACUACUGGCAGAGUGGUAUCUCGGCUUGCGCAGUGUGCGAUGGAGCCGUACCCAUCUUCCGCAACAAGCCACUGGCAGUAGUUGGAGGUGGUGACUCGGCGGCAGAAGAGGCUACCUACCUGACAAAGUACGGAUCGAAGGUGCAUGUGCUGGUGCGAAGGGAUGAGCUGAGGGCAUCAAAGAUCAUGGCAAAGAGGCUGCUGAGCCAUCCCAAGGUCGAGGUGCACUUCAACACCGUCCCCAUCGAGGCCAAGGGUGAUGGAGACCUGCUGAAUGCACUCCGCAUCAAGGACACAAAGACCGGAGAGGAGUCGGACCUGCCGGUGAAUGGUCUCUUCUACGCCAUUGGUCACAUCCCAGCUACAAGUCUCGUAAAGGGACAAGUAGACUGUGAUGAAGACGGGUACAUCCUCACCAAGCCCGGUACUACCCAGACUAGCGUCAAGGGACUAUUUGCAGCUGGAGAUGUGCAGGACAAGAAGUACAGACAGGCGGUCACCUCGGCUGGAACUGGAUGCAUCGCUGCACUCGAGGCAGAGAGGUUAUUGGCUGAAGAGGAGGAGGCAGACCCGGUUGCUAUUGCCGCUGCUCAGCACUACACUGGUACUGACAAGGCAUGAGUUUGUGGGCUGCUACUGGGAAGUUGUAUGUGGGAGAGGGGUAUUAGUUACUUGCAAUUGUAGAUGGCUUUCGGGGGAGAAUGACGGCAUGGGGAUUUCUUUCAUGGCUACCACUGAGGCACUCUCUACGUUGGCUUCAUUAGAUUCGUACAAUUUCAUCACCUUUACCCUGCCUAUCUGUCUAGCCCAAUCUGUUC